CACGCGCCUUGGCUCGUGCUGAGAGGAGGAGAUUAGCGCAGCAAGCAGUCUGUCAGGUAGCUCGGGAAAAGAGGGCCGUGCCAGGAUAAACAUGAGUAAUUUAGAAGGAUUCAACAUCGAGGACAUGGUUCAACCGCCUAGAGGAGGUGGAGAAAUGCAGGAGCCAAAGGUUGAACAGCUGAUGGGCAAACUCAGGAGACUCAAGCAGGGUAAAAGAGCCCUGGAAGAAGAAGUUGAAAAGCUGAAAUCAGUCAGUGACCUAUUGCAAAAGGAGCUGGAAAACUUACACACUGAAGCCUUCAAACUGGAGGCGAUCCACAAAGAAAAAGAAGAGGUGUGCAGUAAGCUGCAGUUUCAAUGUGAAGAGUCUGAGCAGGACACUGCCAGGCAGUUAUGGCUGAACAAGAAAAGCGAGGAGCUGUUGGAGCAGUAUAGAUAUGAAAUCCAGGAGCUCAAGCUAAAACACCGGAAGCAGCGGAUGAAAUUUGAAAACCAGCUUGAUCAGCUGAUAGAGCAACACAAGAAUCUACUCUAUGUCUUUACUCCAGAGAGACUGCCAGAUGAAUUAGAGGGUGCUCAGAAUACAAAGAGCCAGCUGUUGGCAGCUGAAAAACUAAAGCUGGCUCAGCUGCACAACCUCGACGAGGCGCUGGAAGAGAUGAAGAACCAGAAGCAGUCUGAGGCAGUAACUGCAGAGACUCAGGAGGAAUAAGCUUGUUACUCUGUUUUAAAGAUUCAGAUGUAAUGGUUCCAGUUAUACUUAGAUUAGUCAUCUGUUCUCAAACCUAAAUGCCAAAUAUUCAUCAGCCUGAAGGAUGCAGAAUCCUGUAAAGUGAUUCUGCACUGAGAGUUGGCUGCUGAGCUCUGUUUAGCCCUGCAUACCUGGAUAUUUCAUAUCAUUUCAUAGUUUUCAUAUCAGUAGUUUUGUCAGGCUUCAGCUUGUUUGUUGAAGGUUGAUGUAUGAAUCCUGGAUUAUCUGUUGUGGUGUGUUUCUUCCACACAGACGUACCAAUGAUUCUCAUCCAUUUGAUACUGUGUUCAGCAUAUAACUGUGAUAUUAUUUAUUGUGUUCAUAUAUUUAAAAACGGCAAAGCUUUUGUAAAAAAUUCUUGUAACAUUAUUUUCAUCUGUGUGAAAUCUUAGAAGUCUAUAAAUGAAAGUAGUACAACCAUUUACUGCAGUUUACAUGCAUACAUGCUGUGUGUAUAUAUGUCUGUAUAUGCACAGAGCCACAAUGACAUUCAGUUUUAAAGAGAUUUAUUGCAAGAGGUUUUUUUUUUUUUGCAGUAUUUCAAACACAUUGUAAUAC